UAAAGAAAUAAUCAGCUAGAAUGAGGAUUUGUGGUUAUAUUGCUAUGGUUUUAUUAGGUUAUAAUGUUAUUUUAGAUUCUUUGAUGGUUAAUGCUUCUAUUAAUUUAUCAACUGCCGUUCUUAUAAGAGUUGAUCAAUCUGGUAAAGGUAAUUUUAAGACAAUUCAAGCUGCCAUAGACUCUGUUCCAUCAAAUAAUUCCCAUUUGAUUUUCAUUUGGGUCAAGCCAGGAACUUACAGUGAAAAAGUUGUGGUGCCUGCUGAUAAGCCCUUCAUAACAUUGAGCGGCACUAACAAUAAGGCAUCCGAGACCAUCAUAAGCUGGAGCGACGGAGGGGACAUAUAUGACUCUCCAACAUUGUCUGUAUUGGCUUCCGAUUUUGUCGGACGAUAUCUCACUAUUCAGAAUACAUAUGGGAGCGGAGAUAAAGCUGUUGCAUUAAGGGUAUCAGGAGACAGAGCUGCAUUUUACGGUUGUAGAAUUCUGUCUUAUCAAGAUACCGUCUUAGACGAAAUCGGAUCACAUUAUUAUAGCAAUUGCUAUAUCGAAGGGGCUACUGAUUUCAUCUGUGGAAAUGCUGCUUCACUCUUUCAAAGAUGCCAUGUGCAUUCAAUUUCGAAGAAUAACGGAUCGAUAACGGCUCAGCAUAGAGAUUCAGAGUCGCAGAAUACAGGAUUUACUUUCUUGGGUUGCAAGAUAACUGGAAAUGGAAGUGCCUAUUUAGGAAGGCCAUGGGGUGCUUAUUCUAGAGUGGUGUUUGCCCUAUCUUAUAUGUCUGGCGUUAUAGUUCCACUUGGAUGGGAUAGUUGGUCUGGUCAAACCAAACAAAGUACGGUGUAUUAUGGGGAAUACAAGAAUUAUGGAGCAGGAGCAGAUAGGUCACAGAGGGUCCAAUGGUCACACAAUUUAGCAGCCGAAGAGGUUGCACCAUUCUUGUCUAAGGACAUGAUCGGCGGUCCACAUUGGCUUAGACCUAAUCCUACAUACUUUAAAAGUGGCUCCAUUACUAUUAAGUCUCACCUUCGCCACAGCUAGACAAAUUCAUCUACAUUUACUUAGUCAAUUUUUUUUUUUUUAUACCUAAGAAAGUCAGUUUCCUACAUGUAAAUAUGUAAUACCAAAAUGAAUCUUUUUUUCAUUUGGUUUCUUAAUGUAUAUAUAAAUAUAUAGAUUUUGU